GUGGACAACCGCUUUGCCGCAGCCGCAACCGCCACCUCGACCCACCGAGUUGGUUUAACCCGUCGCCGGCGUGUGUGUGUUUUUUUUUCGAAACGGUCGACAGUGACCCUUUUUUCCGGUUUUUUUAUUUUUUUUUUUUUUUUACCACAAAACUAUUUCCGGAACCAGACAGUCGGUUGAGUAAUGCGAUCAUCGGUCGACCAUGGCGUUGUUGUACAGAUUAGUUAAGCUACCGGACCGCGUACAGACCCACGUUUUCACGUUUGUGGUCACCAAAUCAGUGACGAGGGACCCGGAUCGGGACGUUACAUCCAAGGAGUUUGCCUGCGGUCACCAGAAAUGGUCAAUUACGUUCUCCCGGACCGAGAAAAUGUUGGGGGCGUACCUCGUGUGGAAAACCGCGUCAGAAUCGGUUCGCGUUUACGUGGACUUUACGUUUACCAUACUCAAUCGCGAACACUUCAGCGUCAACGAGUCGUUCGCCGGCAAACAAGUGAAGUUCACGACAGACUGCCCGGCGCAAGGCAACAGGAACUACAUACCGGUCAGUGACCUGUACGGCAGGAACUUCACCGAUGCGAACGGCGAGUUCCAGCUAGAGCUGUCCAUAGGCAACGUGCGCACGCUGUACGACACGGAGUUCCGGGUGCCGGCCUCGCUGACUUCGCGGCUGCUGCACCACCACCAUCAGAUCCAGAACCACCACAACUCGGCGGCCAGUAACGCGCUCCAGCACCAGUACGGUACCGCGUCGCCAAGAGGGGCCAAAUGCAAACUGGAGACUACUUACUUCACGUUUGGCGGGUUCGACUGGAACCUGGCGCUGUACCCGCACGGCGUCAAAGACGCUUCGUGUACUUCCACCGAAGGACGUGUGUCGGUUUACUUGAACAGGUGCACCGGGUUUGACCAUCAGUGCCGUGUCCGGUACAUGUUAGUACUUGGCGAUGGAGCAAAACGACUUGACUCCGGUGUGCUGGACGACGUAUCCGACUCGGACGGCAAGAGCUACGGUUGGCACCCGAGAUACAAGUUUUCCGAACUUGUCGUCAAAGGCACAAUCAGAGUGCACCUGGAAAUGGUAUUGGCCAACACGCUGAGUGAAGUAAUAUCGAGCAUCGUCGUAUCAGGUGGCCAUGGGAUGUCAUCUUCGUCUACUGGCAGUGUAGUGGCUUCUCCUACAAAGACCCAAUGUUAUGACAGAGAUAAGCAUGCUUGGUCCAUCAGAAGCGACUGUCAAUCGGAAACAGUCCGUUUGCACAUGGUGUACAAAGACAUACAAAACGUGCCAAGGAACCAUCUCAGAUAUGUCUGUUGGACUGCGUACCUGUUGCGCUAUCACGGCAAAACAGGACACGUGGAACCGGUACCUUUGCCAGGAGCACCUUUUAGCCACUACUAUGCGACAGACGCCACCGACGAGGGGAUCAUCAUGGAGACCGACAUAAACGUGAAAGAGCUUCGCGAAUCUGGUUGCCCGUUUCUGACGGACAAAGGACAGCUACGGGUCCAAGUCGAAUGGGAAGAAAGUUAUUUACUUUUUCAAGCAACUUAUCACAAAUAUGACGACGUCAGUCGAACACAUAACUACCAAAUGAGGUAAU